GCCCGGCGGGGCUCUCUGUGAGGAUCGGGGAGGUAAAGGACCCCGAAGGGGCCCGGCGAGUGGGUGGACGUGGAGAAAGCCGAGCCGGACAGAGGAGGUGCCGUCAGGAGGAUGUGGGUUUCAGUCUGGUGGUGCCAUGUGAAGGAGUCCUCAGAUCGCUUCUGUUCCUGUCUUUCCCCAGCUUAGACUUGUAGAUGUAUCAGUCAUCGAAUACCAGGCUGGGAGGGACGUCAGGGAUCGCGUGGUCCAACCUGUAUAUAAAUCUGGGCAAUGGAACAUUGAUGUGUAGCCCCAGCCUCCCUGAGACUCUAUAAGAAGACUAUCCUACCUCUGUCACAGAAUUAGUUUGAAUUUGGAGUGGUUUGGUUUUGCAGUAGGAUCCCUUGGGAGACCCCAUUAUCCACCUUGAAGCCACCCUGAUUUUUGUCUUGAGUGUAUGUGUGUGUGUGCAGCUAAUAGGUGUAACCACCCCACUGACAGGUGGGUAGAAACACCUUAGCUGUUUUGUAGGCUUAUUUCUUCAACUCCAGAGACUCUGCAUUAUAAAGCAUGUAUGUUCCUUGAGGAGCAAUUAACCUUGGAGGAAACUACAUGCUGAGUAAUAUAAAAUUGGGUUGGGUAAUAAUUAACCUUGUUUCUGCAUUGUCUCAUCACCAUUGUACGAUCUUUGCUUCCUAACUAACACUUUGUAAUUUCUUCCAAGUAUUCUUCAUAAAUGUAGGUUGCAAAAUUUUUGCAAGGAAAACUUGGAGAGCUUAAAUUAACAGCUAAUUGGUAAAUAAGGCAGCUCAACCCAAAUGUAAGUGUAUUUCAGAGAAAAUUUGUGAAUGAAAUGAAGAAGUGUGAAGAAAUGGAAAGAAUACUGGGGUACUUAGUACAAGAAAUUAAAAAGGCGGAUAUUCCACUUCCUGAAGGAGAUGUUGCUCCUCCUGCCCCUUUGCUGAAACACAUUUUAGAAAUCCAGGAACAGUUGCAGAAGCUGGAGACAGAAUUGAGGGAAAUAACUAGGAACAAAGAAAAGUUGAGGAGAAACCUGCUCGAACUAACGGAAUACAUGUGCAUGCUAGAUGUGACUCAAGGAUUUGUCAGGAGAACGGCAGAGUAUGAAUCCCAAUUACAUGCAAAUUAUGAAGAGUUUCCAUCCAUGGAGAAUGAGCCAUUAGUGGAUUACAACUGUAUGCACAGACUGGGUGCCAAACUGGGGUUUAUAUCUGGGUUAGUUCACAUGGCAAAAGUUGAAGCAUUUGAGAAAAUGCUGUGGCGAGCAUGUAAGGGCUAUACUAUCCUUACCUAUGCAGAGUUGGAUGAGCGUCUGGAGGAUCCUGAUACAGGUGAAACCACAAAGUGGUUUGUUUUUUUAGUGUCCUACUGGGGUGAACAAAUUGGCCAGAAAGUUAAGAAGAUUUGUGAUUGCUAUCACUGUCACGUGUAUCCCUAUCCAAAUAGCACAGAGGAACGCAGUGCAGUUGUUGAAGGACUAAAUGUUCGUAUUCAGGAUCUUCACACUGUGCUGCAUAAAACCGAGGAUUACUUACGCCAAGUCUUAUGUAAAGCAUCUGAAUCAGUCUAUACAUGGGUUAUCCAAGUGAAGAAGAUGAAAGCCAUUUAUCAUGUACUCAACCUGUGCAGUUUUGAUGUCACAAAUAAAUGUUUAAUUGCUGAGGCUUGGUGUCCAGUUGCUGAUCUUCAAAACUUGCGCCAUGCAUUGGAGGAAGGUUCAAGAAAGAGUGGAGCUGCAGUUUCUUCAUUCAUGAAUACCAUCCCAACAACACAACCUCCUCCAACUUUGAUACGUACCAAUAAAUUUACCUCAGGGUUCCAAAACAUUGUUGAUGCCUAUGGAGUUGGAAACUAUGGUGAAGUUAAUCCAGCUCUCUAUACCAUCAUCACUUUUCCCUUCUUGUUUGCGGUGAUGUUUGGAGACUUAGGCCAUGGUCUGCUAAUGCUCAUAUUUGCACUCCUGACAAUACUGUAUGAAAACCACCCUAGAUUGCAAAGAUCACAAGAUGAGAUAAUGAAAAUGUUAUUUGAAGGCCGCUAUGUUAUUUUGUUAAUGGGUCUGUUUUCUGUCUACACUGGAUUGAUCUAUAAUGACUGUUUUUCAAAGUCAUUAAAUAUAUUUGGUUCUGGAUGGAAUGUUUCAGCAAUGUUUGAAGAGAAGGUUUGGGGUCUUGAGGAUCUGCAGGAUAAUCAGUUUUUAGCACUGGAUCCAAAUGUUACUGGUGUAUACCAUGGAGUUUACCCCUUUGGAAUUGAUCCGAUAUGGAAUUUGGCAAGCAACCGUCUCAGUUUUUUAAAUUCUUUCAAAAUGAAAAUGUCUGUGAUUUUUGGAGUGACUCACAUGACGUUUGGAGUUGUACUGGGGGUAUUUAACCACUUGCAUUUCAAAAAGAAGUACAAUAUUUAUUUGGUUUUUCUUCCUGAACUUUUAUUCAUGAUGUGCAUCUUUGGCUACCUUGUCUUUAUGAUAUUCUUUAAAUGGCUAGCAUACUCUGCAGAGGACUCUACAUCUGCUCCUAGUAUCCUGAUACAAUUUAUUAACAUGUUCCUGUUUACUGGUGGUGAAACAGACGUCUUCUACACUGGACAGAUUGGUCUGCAGAGGUUUUUACUUACUAUUGCUUUUCUUUGUGUUCCCGUAUUGCUUUUUGGUAAACCUCUGUAUUUAUACUGGUUGCACAGUGGAGCCCGAGGCAUUAGAAUGUACAGGAGUGGCUACAAGCUCAUUCGGAAAGAAAGUGAAGAAGAGCUUUCUCUUCUGAGAUGUCAUGAUGUAGAAGAAGGAAGCAGUCAUUUGGACAGUGGGCACAGAGAGGGGGAUGGAGAGGAGUUUAAUUUUGCAGAUGUGUUUAUGAAUCAAGCAAUUCAUACCAUUGAAUACUGUUUAGGAUGCAUUUCUAAUACGGCUUCAUAUCUGAGACUCUGGGCAUUAAGUCUUGCUCAUGCACAAUUAUCAGAAGUUCUGUGGCAAAUGGUGAUGAGAGUGGGUCUUCGUGUGGAUACAACAUACGGUGUCUUACUUCUAGUCCCUGUUCUAGCCUUUUUUGCUGUGCUAACAGUUUUUAUUCUUCUGGUCAUGGAGGGACUUUCUGCUUUUCUCCAUGCUAUACGACUUCACUGGGUGGAAUUUCAGAACAAAUUUUACUCUGGUGGAGGAUACAAGUUUACACCUUUCUCUUUUAAGCACAUUUCUUUACAUUUUAAUAAAGAUGAUAUGGUGUAGUUUGGUUGCUGUCAGCAGAAAUGUUUGGAAUUGUCUGCAAAUAAUCAUGUGAUUUGAUCUUACCUAGGAAUGUUUUCCUGUAAGACAAAGUGGUUUUCACUGAUUGCCUUAUAAUGCAGCCAAAUAAUUCUGUAUUAUAUACCUCCCAUAGAAAUACAUAGCAGAUGUGGAAUAUCUUGUAAAGUAUAUAGAUAUAAAAUGUACAUUUUUCUUGAUAAACUAAUGUUGUAAAUUAAUUUUAUUCUUUAAAAAAAAAGUUGUUACUGCUUGUUCUAAAACUGAUGUAGGUAUUUUUUGUUGC